AAGCCCAGACACAGCCCAAAACCCAUUAAAAGAACCAUCCUAGUCACGCGCUUAUCUCUACUUCUUUCUAUCUCCACUUUCCGAUCUUCUCAUCGUCCUUCCUAAGCUGCCUCCCUCAGAGCAAGUUCAGUGGUCAAAAGGAGAAUGGCUGGAAAAGGUGGGAAGGGGCUUUUGGCCGGAAAGACUACCGCAGCCGCAGCCGCAGCCGCAGCAGCCAGCAAGGAAAAGGAGAAGAAAAGGCCCGUUUCCCGCUCUUCCCGUGCUGGUCUUCAGUUUCCUGUGGGUAGAAUUCAUCGCCAGCUGAAGUCGAGGACAUCGGCUCACGGAAGAGUUGGCGCCACAGCUGCUGUUUACUCUGCUGCAAUCCUUGAAUAUCUUACUGCAGAGGUGCUUGAGUUGGCUGGAAAUGCGAGCAAAGAUCUGAAAGUGAAGAGAAUUACUCCCAGGCAUCUGCAGUUGGCCAUCCGCGGGGAUGAGGAGCUUGAUACCCUCAUCAAGGGAACCAUUGCUGGCGGUGGUGUCAUCCCACACAUCCACAAAUCCCUCAUCAACAAGACCACCAAGGAAUGAUUCAAGUCCCUUUACUUCCUCACUAUCUCGUCCACUAAUGAAACGUCCUAGUUCUAGUAGCUAUAUUUGUGACUGUUUGUCUCUAAUUUGCGUAGAAACUCUUGUUUUAGUGGGAUGAUGGUCAGUCGUAGCAUAAUUUAGGAGUUUCUGAUGGGAAAUAGUAGUAGUAGUAGUGUGUGUAGGCAAUUAGCUGGAUUUGAUUAUGAUGAGACACCAUCAUCAUUCUUAGUCCCUCCUCCCCAGGUUUUCUGUGUUGAUCUGUGCAUGGAACUAUAAAUUUGUCUAAUAUGCAUGGCUUGCAUUUUCCACUA